AUGAAUUCCUAUCUGCUCAACAGAGCCCUGGGCUCUGUCGCUCCAAAUGAAUUCCACACCGCGCAGACGGAGCGCUUAGUGCGCAACCUCGAACCAGCACCGGGGAUUCGCUUCUCCAGUCGCAAAGCCGUACCAGAUCAGUCUGAAGAUGACACAACAUUAAACCCAGACUUCGAUCCCACAGAGAAGCUGUAUGCACACAAAUCAGGCGUGAACUGUCUUGCAAUCGACCAGUUCGAGGGACGGUAUAUGAUCUCUGGAGGCGCCGACCCCUCCAUUCACCUAUGGGAUCUCGAGAGCAGAGGCUCGGAGCUCGAACAUAUCCACCGAGCUUGUGCGUCCGUAAGUAAGCCCUCACACAGCGCCGCCCACACGCACGCCAUAACCUCGCUAUCAAUCUACCCAUUCGACCCCGUCCCAUCAACCAUCUUCUCAACCGCGCACGACGGCACCCUGAAAUGGUCAGCGUUACAAUCCCCCGAGAUCACACCCCUCCACACCUUCAACCUCGACUGCACACCCUACGCCCAUUCAUUCUCCUCCGCCCCAGCCUCAACGCUCCUACUCGCCGUCGCGACCUCGGACCAAUCGGUCCGAUUGGUAGAUCUGCGUUCGGGCCUGGCAACUCACGGCCUACCAGGCCACAAUGCACCCGUUUUAUCCGUCGCAUGGGCACCGCAUAAACCCUACCUCCUAGCAUCAGGCUCCGUCGACAACAGGGUGAUAAUCUUCGACGUCCGGAAAGGAGGCCACAACUCCGCCAUCGCAACGCUAGACAUGGACGACCCGGUCGGUCUAGUAAAUCCGGCAUCAGCGCCGAAUUCCUACACGGCCCGCGCGGCCUUUUCACCGACUGCGCGCGCACACAAUGGGCCCGUUACCGGCGUGCGGUGGACGUCUAACGGUAGUCAUAUCGUGAGUACGGGACAAGAUGCGCGCAUUAGGGUAUGGGAUGCUGCGAGCGGGGCAAAUACACUCGUUCAUUUCGGUCCGAGGGUGCGUAAUAGCUCGACUUCGCAUUUAGCUGAGAGGGCGCCGGUACUUGUUCCGAAGGGAUUCAUGACGCCGGGUCAUGAGACGCUUCUCUGGCCGAAUUUCAACGAGCAGGAUGAUCGUGGCGAGAUCUUUAUGUUUGAGUUGCGGGAGGGGACGUUUGUUAAACGGCUUAAAUUGCCCGGCGUGGCGAUGUCGCAGUCGCAGGUUCGGGGUCGGGCUAGUGCGCUCAGUGCUGCGCGUAUAACUGAUCUUGUUUGGCGUGGGAAUGGGGCGAGUGGAGAAGGGGUGGAACUCUUUUCUGCGCAUGGGGAUGGGACGAUUCGGUCGUGGGUUUCGAGGGAGGAGGAUGGGGAGUUGGAUGAGGAGGAGGAGGCAGCUGAGGCUACUCGUAAGAGGAAGAGGGAUGUUUUGGACGAUAUCUAUAAGGGAUUUCUUGGGGCUGAGGAGGCGAGAUCAUUUACCUGA